AUGGGUGAGGGUGAUGAAGGCGGAGCCGACAAGGCCGAUGCGGCAAAAGGACCUAAAGAGAAGGAAAAAUCUGUGAUGGCUCAGCCGAAGGAAUCAGAUGAGAAACCAAAAGGGACAGCACCGGAUGAUGGAAAAGCAAAACCCACCUGUGAAGGGCACCGAAACGAACCUGCGAAAGCUGAUCAAAGCCCCGCCGUGCUCAACAAAAACCCUGAUCCCAAAGAGAAACAACGAAUUGUGGUUUUCAAAGUGACACCCGAGAGGAAACCAGUAUGGAGUGAGAUUAAAAUACAAAAUCCUAGCAACGACCAGAAGACAUUUAAG